AUGGAAAGGUUACAGAAUUCUCCUGGCAAGAAACGUCACUCAUUUGCUGGGCUAUUCUCAAGAAACUCCAUAUGGUCUAAUCUGAGUCUUGUGUCAUCCCCAAAGCUGCAAAGUGUAUUUAGUAGACACCAAACAAGUGACAAUGAAACAUCUAAAAGUGAAGCCAUAUUCCCUAUCAAACAACCCGCUAAUGAUUCACAAGAUGCAGUAGACUCAAAACUGUCUUCUUCAUUUCAUAUACUUCCACAACGUCCUAUAAAGAAACUUUCUGCACCAGCAUUUGAAGAUUUUGCUGAUACUAGUGAUGAAGACAGUCAAGGAUCAAAAACAAAUGAAUAUGAUGUAAACGCAACAUUAGAUCCCAGUGGCUUGCUGAAUCAGGCAGGAACAUCAUCAAUGCAUAGAGGGGAAAUUGGGGUCGAGAAUUUACUACUGCAACAGGCGAAAUGUAACGAGCUGCACGAGUACCAAAAUCAAUAUGCCAAUUCACUUAAACAGCAACCAACAACAGACAAAAAUCUUCAACCUCUUAUACAAUAUGAACCCUAUGAUUCUGAUUCCGUCUUAGAAAACUAUUUCAAUUUACCUCGUUCCUCUCAAGACAAAAGUACUUUUGUUGAGGAGUUUGAUGAAACAAAGAGUUCUACUGAUGGGAAUAAUUCUUCUUUCCAAAAAUCAAUCCAACUAAUUAAUUCCAAUUCUCCACCACCAAUUCCAAUUUCUAACGUUAGAUUUUCCACCACUCAUUCACUUUCAACAAGCUCAUCUGGUGGUGGUUCUCCAAGUUUGCAUAGUUCAUCAUCACCUUCAUUUAAAUCAGUUAUAGAAGGAGAAGACCCUGCACCAUUCCGCAGAAGGCCAUUAUCACCUCAAUACCGUUCGUUUCAAAUCCCAAGCAUAAUGGAAGAAGAUCAUCCAACUCCAAAUAGUUCCAUGGGCUCAAUACAAUUAUCUCCUGCAAGAGAUCCCUUUAAUCAUCAUAAUACAACUAUAUCAUCAUCAGCAAGUAUAAAGAAUCCACCUACAAAAGUUAUUUCUGGUGGUGCUGAGAAUAGACUGAGUAUAAACUAUGAAGGUAUGGAACAAGCUACCAUUGUUCGUACUCAUUCGCUUACUCAUGCUAGAUCUGUUAGACAGAAACCAAAUUUGGUUUCCAUACUUAGACAUCCAUCUACUGGUGGGGGGUCGUCACCAGGACAUCGAGAUUCCAAUGCUUCUGGUUCAAUGGAUAAUUCUCAAAGUACAACUGGUGAUGAUAUUUCCAUGUCAACUGGUGAACUCUUGAGUCAAUUAAAUGACGUGAUGGGGGCUGUUGAAUCUGAAACCUUAUUCCGUGGCGGGAUCUAUGAUCGUAAAAGUCAAGGAUAUGGAGGACUGAGAUCUUCUAUUAUAAGUCAUCCAAGUCGAGCAUACCAUAUAUCAUCUGAUUUAACCGGUGAUCUCUUCCAGAAGAAAGGGUUUGAUGUACCUACCCCUCCGAGUAGAGGACCUAGUGGAACCUCUUCUGGAUCUGGGUAUUCUAUAAAUAAGGCCAAUGUUACACUACCCAUGACCAAUGCUGAAAUCUUAAAAGAAUAUGAACAUCAAGAUUAUUCCUUAGCUUUCACAGGGCAAUUACCACCAUUCACCAAAGAACACAGUAGUAGUUCAUCCAAUAAUAAUAUUAAUGUUACAGGGACUAGUACCAAGAUAGGAAGAACUCGAAUGCCUAUUCCACCCCCCAUAAUCCCCAAUACUGUUCUUGCCGAUAGAUUGCGUAAACAAAACAGUCAUGAGGAUAUGAUACCUCAACAACAUCAUGAUGACUCCACCACUUCAUAUCAUGAUAACUUUAGUGAUGAUUUAAAUGAUGAUUUACAAGAUACCAUUGAUGCAUCAAGCUCUUCUAAUGGGAUCUUUGAUGAGAAACGUAUAUAUGAUCAAUCGAGAUACUUCAACUUCUAUCCCUGGUGGUAUUUUGGACUUCUUAUGGUACUUGGAUUAUUUGUACCUCCAGUAUACUUUUUAAUCACCUGUGGAGUGUUUGAUGUGAACAAUAAGUUUCAACAAUUUCGUCUGAACUAUUACUUCCAACAAUACAGUCGUCAUAAUCGAGAACUGCCUCGAAGGGUCAAGUUCACUCGUACACAGAAAUGGAUAUCGUUUCUAUUUGGACUAUUCUGGAUUUCAGUGAUAGUUUCCAUGAUAGGAACUGGUCUUGGAUUAGCUUUAACUAGAGGAUAG